AUGCGACGAUGUCAAAGCAACAAGAAACAGCAGAAGCAGCGCCCGCGAGGUCAACCUUCGUUCGAAGCGAGGGUGAAAAUGAUUCCGAACGUCCGAAAGUCUACUAGGUACCGCUGCUAUGGCAAGAAGAACAACUCAACAAGAUCUCGUCACCAGUCUUGGGAUGUAGAAAACCAGAGAUUUCUCGAAACUACCUUCACCCAAGUAGAUGCUUGGGAUGAGCACAUCGACCUCUCCAACACCCUCAAAUGUGUCUUCGAGAAGAAGUACGCCGGAGGGUUUCCCAACAAUGCGCUCAAGCUCAAGCUCCAACGCCCAACAGAGCCGAGCAAGCGCAAGUCCCAAAUGACUAGGAAUUUGGAAGAUUGCGACGCAGCUGACGAGGUGGACGCGAAACGGCAAAGAACCAGGGAACCGAGUUCAGUCUCACAGACACCCGGCAACAGCGAACCUACCAUCGAACGUUCGACGCUGUCACUGUCGCUGAACGACACUCUCGAGCGUACGAUCGAAGCUCGCCGACAGUCAGACGAACAGUGCGGCAAGCGACAGGAGUGCCUCGAUGAACGGAAGGCAGAGUUCGAACAACAGAUGGCGUCAUUGGCGUGGCUCGAACAAAAGGGGGAGGAGCUCCAUCGAAAGGCGAAGCAGGCCCGACAGAAGGGGGAAGCCGACACUGACUACUCUCCUCGCCGCGUCCCACGUAUGCCAGAGAUCCACCAGCGACUUCGGGAACUGCAGCUUCCUGUGGGAGACGAAGAGCGUAGGGCGGUCGAGCCCCGUGUAAGGAGAUUGAGCGAACUAUCAGAAGCGCAAGCAAGAGAUAUUAGUUCCAUGCGCAACUUUAUCGAACGACAACGACGACUACUCGGUCGCGCUGGUACUCCUUCAUGA